AUGCCACAAACUUCGACAUGGGAAAUUGACGAACGAUCUUCUGCAUCAGGACACAGAUCUGGAGAAUCAGGUACUAAUGGGAUGAUGAAUGGAGCCAAUACUCUGCCUCGUGUCACGAAGCGGUUAUCCACCUCUGGUAAAACGUCCAAUAUUCCGAGAUUCAAACGACCUCAUCCACCUCAUUCGACUCGUCCACAUUCAGCCAUAAUAUCUUCAUCACCUGGAAUUUAUCGAAAAAAUAGCCCAUCCAGUUCUGCACCCUCUACCUCUUCCAACCGCCGACUAUCCCAAUUGCCGACACAUCACGUUCACAGUCAUAUUCAUCAGCCAAACCAUACAUUACAUCAUACUUCUGUCAUCAGUGAAGAGCUGACAACUCCACGUGCGUCAACAUUCAAUUUGAACCAAAAUCAAAACGUCUUCGCAACGACGACAACUUCUUUCGGCAGUAUGCCGAAUAGCGGCACCAACACUCCAGAAGCGUCGAUGACGUCUUCUGUAUGUGCGAUGGAAACCGAUGGAGCGGUGACUGGGAAUUCAGCGGAAGAGCUUGCCGAAUCCAGAGAUAUGGUGUCUGAAAUGCAGAAAAGAUGUCGGAUCGGUCCGUCCGGUUACCCUCAUCUAGUCAAGGCUAAACGAUUGCGAUUCUAUCGCAAUGGUGAUCAGUACUUCAAAGGGAUUCCGUACGCACUGCAAUGUGAUCGUGUGAAAAGUAUGCAGCCGCUGAUGGAAGAACUCAUGAAGGUAAUAUUUAAAAAAUAUAUAUGCCAAUUUAUAAUUACGCUUUUUCAGACUGUUAUAUGUGACUCGACAGCUCUCCCGCAUGGAAUUCGUCAUAUUUUUACAAUGGACGGAACUCAAAGAAUCACAUCAGUUGAUCAGUUUGAAGAUGGUGGAGGCUAUGUUUGUUCGAGUACAGAUGUGUUCAAACCAGUUGACUACUCAAGAGCCGCAGAGCCCAGCUGGCGGCUAACACUUGCUAAUCGUUACAAUAGACAUUUGGAAACGAAGAAAUUAGCAUUGAAUGUGGUCGAACCAGCUAAUGAGAAUACAGAUUUUGUGAUUCCGAAAAUUAUCAAGGUAAUCCGAAAUGGAGUGAAACCAAGACGCAUUAGCAGGCAUUUGUUGAACAAGAAGACUGCAAGAUCGUUCGAUCAAGUGCUUCGAGAUUUGACAUUGAUUGUGAAGCUUGACGCCGGAGCCAUUCGAAAAUUAUUCACCCUGUCUGGUCGGCCUGUUCUCACACUGCAAGAUUUUUUCCGGGAAGAUGAUGUAUUUGUCGCUUAUGGAGGAAACGAUAAAAUGGCCGCAGAUGAUUUGCUUGUAGCAUCGGAAGAGCACAAAUGUGUCGGAGCUAGUACCUCGUCAAAGAUUCGAAGAACCAGUCGUCGGUCAGCAAUGCCAAAUCGUAAUGAAUCUCUUCGUCAUGAUCGAUCAGGUAGUGUUAUUCCUGAUCAGGAUCAACAGAGACUGCCACCGGAUCUCGAUGAAAAGUUCCAAUUGGUUCGGCUGAUUGGAGAUGGAAAUACAGCUGUGGUGUAUGAAGUUGUUGAUAAGAUCAAUCAUGAUCGUAGAGCGAUGAAAGUUAUUGCACGAGAAAAUGUUAUUGGAAAAGAGCAUUUGAUUGAAAUGGAGCUCUCGAUUUUGCAAAAAAUUGAUAAUACAUUUAUAGUUCAACUUUAUGAUCACUGGUUUGUCGAUGAUUCCUACUUUCUAUCGUUGGAGUUGAUUGAAAUGGGAGAUUUGUUCGAACAUCUUCGACGUGUCCGGCGUGUUCCUGAACGGGAUGCUGUCCGGAUGAUGACCUGCCUCGGGCAAGCGUUAGAGUAUAUCCAUGAUCUGGGUAUUGUACAUCGGGAUGUCAAAUUAGAAAAUUUAUUGAUUGUGAAAGACGAAUAUGGAGAGCUCGGCGUCAAACUUGCUGACUUUGGAUUAGCGUGUGAAAUGCCCGAAGGAAAUGGAGUGCUCACCACAAUCUGUGGAACGCCUACCUAUGUGGCUCCAGAGGUUUUGAACAAGACGGGUUAUGGAUGUCGAGUGGAUAUCUGGGCAGCUGGUGUCAUUCUGUAUGCCAUUCUUGUUGGAUUCCCACCAUUCCAAAGCUCUGAUGGUUCUGAGCAAGAUCUGUUUAGCGCAAUUAUAAGCGGAGAAUUCAGCUUCCCGUCACCAUCGUGGGACGAUGUAAGUAAUUCUGUCUCGUGGUCAGUUCGGCACCUGAUAAUGUGUCUCAUUCAUACCGAUCCAUUCCAUCGUUAUUCUGCAAACGAGUUGCUCAGUGACGAAUGGAUGGUGAAUCUUGGUGACGUUGAUCCGGAGUAUGAGGAAUGGGCUCAUCUGUUCGUUCAAUCGAAAAUGCACGUCGGUGAAGAACAAGAAACCCCAUACGAAUACUACACAUCUCGUCGAACUUCAAUGGACGAAUUGUCUGAAAGUGCCGGCGUCGAAUUCUCGUUCUCACGCGAAGGUUGA